GGGUGUUAUAAUGGUAAAAAUUAGUUAUAGAUAAAAUAUAUACAGUACACACUUGAGGAAAUUCGCCUAAUGCUAAUAAUUUUCGAAAUUGAUAUUUGGCGAAAGCAAAGAGUAUGGUUUUAAGCCUGUGUCUUAGACAAUUUGUGUUGAAAAUAAAAUAAUUUACAUGAUAACAGUUUAAAAGUGAUUUCAUCUCAUCUUCGAAUGUGACAAUGUUCAAAUAGAGUUUCAAAAAUAUAGUGAUUCUGUGACGGCUACCUGUGCAGUGCCUCGACCUUGCAAGGCACAACUGCAACGUAUUUCUGCCUUCGAUAGGGCCGCAACAAUAAUUUCCACUCAUAAAGAGAAUAUUACCGGAGUCAAAUAUGCAGCACUAUAAAGGUCAUGAGGUGUCCAAUACUUUUAGUGACAGUGUAUACCACUCCCACAAUAAUAGGCAUUCCGAACAUUCUCCAAAUUUGAGUCACACGUCCCCUUAUCAGCAGUAUGAUCCAGUUGUAGUUUAUGGUUAUGUUUCACCUUCACUUUACGGUACAGCUCCCAGUUUGUCACACCUUUAUGUAGAUAGUAUCAAUGGACCAGUCCCAGUAGGAGCAACCAUGAUGAUGUUUGAAAAUGAAGAAAUUCAGAGAAAUAUUGAUAAGAUAUCUUUACAUGGUCACAACGUCGUACUACCCCAUGACAGAGCACAUAAUAUUGCUUCUCCAGGAAGCAUCGGAGGUGAUGAUGAUCAUCAAAGAGACCCUACCCUUACGGAAGUUAUCGGAUUUCUUAACAAUCCCAAUGAUGUGAUCAAAGCCAAUGCGGUAGCUUAUUUACAACAUCUGUGUUACAUGGAUGACUCUAACAAACAGAAAACAGGCGCUCUCGGCGGCAUACCUCCUUUAGUUAAAUUAUUAAGCCAUGACAGCAUAGAGGUAUCUAGGAACGCUUGUGGAGCUUUGAGAAAUCUUUCAUACGGUAGACAAAACGAUGAGAACAAACGAGCGAUCAAAAAUGCUGGAGGUAUACCAGCUUUGAUAUCGUUACUGCGGAAGUCAAAUGAGGCUGAAAUAAGAGAGCUUGUAACUGGUGUUAUAUGGAACAUGUCUUCUUGCGAAGAUUUGAAAAUAAAUAUAAUAGACGACGGUGUAGCAACAACUGUAACUUACAUAAUAAUUCCACACUCUGGUUGGGAUCCUCAAGGAAACUGCAGAGAAACGUGUUGGUCUACGGUAUUUAGGAAUACAUCGGGUAUUCUACGAAAUGUUAGUUCUGCUGGGGAGUAUUCCAGGAAAAACUUAAGGGAAUGUGAAGGCUUAGUCGAUUCAUUACUUUAUGUUAUACGCUGUGCCAUAGAUAACUCAAAUAUAAACAAUAAAAUUGUAGAAAAUUGUGUGUGUAUUCUACGUAAUUUAUCCUAUCAAUGUCAGGAAGUGGAAGAUCCAAACUAUGACAAAAAUUCUUUACAUACUCAAAGUAGGGUGGCGGCUAACUCAUCGAACGGAGAAAAUGUGGGAUGUUUUGGCGGUAUCAAGAAGAAAAAAGGCGCCCAGUCCUCAAAAACAAAAGAAAAUAAUUCUGCUACGGGAGCUUCUGGAGGAAUAACCAGCGUGGCAACCAGAGGAGAACCAGUACGAGGCAUGAAACUUCUCUGGCAACCAGAAGUUGUUCAAUUAUACUUAGCUCUUUUACAAAGUUGUUUGAACUCUGAAACGUUAGAAGCGGCAGCCGGAGCUCUUCAGAAUUUAGCAGCUUGUUAUUGGCAACCUAGUAUAGACAUCCGAGCAGCUGUGCGUAAAGAAAAAGGACUUCCUAUUUUAGCGGAACUACUUAGGAUAGAAGUUGACAGGGUGGUGUGUGCGGUGGCAAUAGCGCUUAGAAAUCUAGCAACAGACCAACGAAACAAAGAACUCAUAGGAAAGUAUGCAAUGAGAGAUUUGGUACAGAAACUACCUUCUGGAAAUCCCCAACAUGAUCAAAGCAUUUCAGAUGAUACAAUUGCUGCAGUUUUAGCGACUUUACACGAAGUUAUUAAAAAUAAUGCAGAAUUUUCUAAGUCACUGCUUGAAGCUGGUGGGGUAGACAGACUGAUAACUAUUACUAGGCAACAACAAAAAUACACUCCAAGAGUACUAACAUUCGCUGGACAAGUGUUAUUUACGAUGUGGCAACGUCAAGAUCUGAGGGUCGUUUACAAGAAACAAGGUUGGAAAGAACAAGAUUUUGUUACUAAGACUGUUGCUGCGCGUAAUGCAGGACCUAACUCUUCAAACAACGCAAAUAGUACUUUGAAUCGCCCAAUGGCGUCUCAAAGUGGAACAAGAUAUGAAGAUAGAACAAUGAAACCUACUGCCCUGAACAAUAUAAGUACCGGUGCCUUCAAAAGAAACGAAGAAAUCCCAAUGGCGGAUAUGGCAUAUUCAGAAAGCCAGGCUGUCAUAGGUCGAUCGUAUACCACCGGCCCAGGUCCAAACUCGCCUUCACCGGAAACUUUAUAUAACCAGGUGAAUAUGGAGAACAAACGUAAUCGCCAACCAAGUCUAGGAAAUGCUAGCCAUAACCACCUAACGGAAGGGCAGUCGCAGGCACCACUCACCAGUCUGCCUGUCUGGGUUUAACCUCACAAACCCCUGUUAUAUAUUAAUGUUCUGUCGUAUGUUCAGAUUUAUAAUGCACUAGUAUUAAAUAUGUAGUAAUAUUUAGUUAUAGGUUUAGGGUGAGAUUACAGAAAAUGCACUACGUCUGCAACUUUGCAGACUUACAGAUGCAAGUCAAGGGUACUUGACUCUCUAUAGUAUCCCUGCUUGUAUCUUACAUCUGCAAAUCCGCCAUAUUUGCAGAUCUGCAAAGUUUGCAGACGUGGUGCAUUUUCUGUAAUCUUUGCGAUGAGCUGCAAGUAAAAAUUGUCGGUACAUAUUGAUUUGUGUCAAAAAAAAAUUAUAUAACUAUUUUUUUUAUUUUAUAG